AAAUUUCUUUUUAGGUAGUUUUAAACGGUAACUGUUGGAGAAAAUUGUGCUGUACAGACUUAUUUAAUGAGGCGCACGGUAGUUGAAACGAACAGGAUAAUGUGUCAUAUUUAUAUCAGUGAUUUGUGCUGUGCAAUGUGAUUAUAAUUUGUUUUAUUAUUAUUAUUAUUAUUUGGGCAUUCUGUCAAUGAACAGAGGCUCUUAUUUGAUUUUACCAAUUUAUAAUGUCUCAACCACUGAAAAAAAAUCUUCCCUUAUUUAUGAUAUUGGACAAAUGCAUAAUAAUAAAAAAAAAUUUCAAGUAUGAGUUGUGAUUUCUGGCUGUUAGGAAAAAGUAACCGCAUACUCGCAGGACACAGCAUAAACGCCAGAUAAUCGAUAAAACUCGCUCGGGUUUCCACGCCGAAAACGAAUGCUGGCAUCCACUUUAUGUGUAUUUACGAUAAAGUGUAACACUGCCGUAACAAGGAAAGUGUAAAAUGAAAUGAGUUCACCACCCACCCCCCUCGGAGCAAAUGAAUGACAAUAGCGUGUCAACUGCCGCCAAUGAAAAGCAACCUGAUGAACAUCUGCCAUCGCCGUCCCUGGGAAAAAAAAAAAAAAGAAAAGACUGGACGGCUCAUUGGCCACCAAAACUGAAGUCGCCGUCCGCCAUCUUGAUCCCUCCAAAACAAGCAUGCCGACCUGUGCGUUAAUCGCCAGUUUCGUGGCUGUGAGAAAACAUUCCACAGGUGGGAUUGACUCCCAAGAAGCGGGCAGAUGGGCUCACCCUGCGCUCCGGGGGGGCUGCCGUGAGGGUCCCCCGCUCCCCCCGACCCUGCUCCCGCGGGACCUGGUAUUCCGGGUAUUCAGCCCCCCUCCAUCCCUCCAUCCAUCAUAAUAAAACAAUUCUCUGUACUUCUAAUCUGGGCAUUGUGUCGACGCCGCCUUCAAACGUGCGAAGGCUUCUCGGCACGCUCAAGCGCUUCCAUUGGCGCCAAAAUGAUCUCCGAUGAUGAGCUGCGAUUCCCGAAAAGACCCAGCGGAGCGGACGCGACGUUCCGUGGGGAAUGAGAGUGUAAGGCUCAAGCUCCUCUCCGGCUUCUCAGCGCAGCAGUAAUAUAAGUUGCUCUUCGCAGAGGAUAAAGAAUAUAUGCAUGUAGGAAAGUUGUAGAAUGUCCCACGGUCUGUGGAGGUGGCGGCAGCAGUAGCAGCCUUGGGCAUCAGGCGGAUUUCAUUCAGCGGGCAGCUGCUCCGACGACGACAACAGGCUACCUCCGUUCUUCCCCCGCGCUGCUGCCCUGCCGCGGAACAAAGACAACCAGCGUCUAACAAAGAGCCAUAAACAAGCGACCCCACGAUGGGAGUCUAAACCGGACAGCAUUCAAGUUUUGUUUUUGGAGAACUGGACUGUAUUAGCAGGUUUUGCUAGUUGACUUGUGAGGAUAUCUUGGCUCAAGGUGCGCCAGAUGGAAUCAUGUCCGUAACCAGAGGCCUCAGGUCCGCGCCGGUGAUGACGGCAGGGCGGUCUUUAGUUUCGUCCCUGCCGCCCCCCAACUGAGUCCCCAUGUGGCACUAGAAGUAUUCACAGCACAGCCGGGAUCCUCUCAACAACGCGAACCCCCCUCACCUGGCUGUGCCAUGACGUCGUCGGACAGCGACGAGGCCGGGAGCGAUCUCUCGGAAUCGCCGGAGAUCCUCCGGCUCCAGGACCAGUACGUGGACUCGGAGAGCUGCUUCAAGUCCAAGAGCCUCCCCAUUUUGAACGGGCCCUGCCCGACGCACUGCAGCGAGGUCGGCUUGCUUGAUGCCGCCGCCGUUCGUGUGGACGAGACCCACGAACUCCGACCUCAAACGCCCGAGUCGCCCUCCUCGAGGACGGACUUCUCGCCGUCGGUGUCCAGCAUGGUGGGGCUCAGCAGCGCCUUACCCGUGGACCCCCGCAGGGCGGCGGGGGGUACGAAAGUCGGCUUGUCCCUGUCCCGCCUUCUCCGCCUCCCGGCCAGGAAGUACGUGCGCGUUAUCCUCAGAGAUUCGCGCUGCUUCCUGUUCUGCAUGUGCUACCUGACCUUUAUCCAGUCCCUGAUGGUCUCGGGGUACCUGAGCAGCGUCAUCACCACCAUCGAGAAGCGCUACAGCCUCCGCAGCUCCGAGUCGGGCCUGCUGGUCAGCUGCUUCGACAUCGGCAGCUUGCUGGUGGUGGUCUUCAUCUCCUAUUUCGGCGGCCGGGGUCACAGGCCGCGCUGGCUGGCCGUCGGCGGCGUGGUCAUCGCCGUGGGGGCGGCCCUCUUCUCCCUACCCCACUUCAUUUCGCCGCCCUACCAGAUCCAGGAGGUGAACGCGUCGGCGGCCCGCGAAGGGCUCUGCCUCGGCGGAAACAGCAGCGGACGGGAGGCGCCCGAGGCGGCGUCGUGCCCUCGCGACCCCGAAGGCAACGAGCACGACCUCUACGUGGCUCUGUUCAUCUGCGCCCAGAUACUGGUGGGCAUGGGGUCCACGCCCAUCUACACGCUGGGGCCCACCUACCUGGAUGACAACGUCAAGAAGGAGAACGCGUCUCUCUACCUGGCCGUCAUGUACGUGAUGGGAGCCCUGGGCCCGGCGGCCGGCUACCUCCUGGGAGGCGUCCUCAUCGGCUUCUACGUGGACCCCAAAACUGCGGUCAACAUCGACCAAAGCGACCCUCGCUUUGUCGGCAACUGGUGGAGCGGCUUCUUGCUGUGCGCCGUCGCCGUCCUCCUGGUCAUCUUCCCCAUGUUCGCCUUCCCCAAAAAGUUGCCGCUGCGCCGCAAGAAGCGGAAGAACGCGAUGCUCUCGUCUCCCGGCGAAGGCGACGACGGCGUGAUGAUGAAGGAGAAGUCCGGCGGCAAAAGCCACGACGUCUCCUCCUCCAUCGGCUUCGGGAAGGACAUCAAAGACCUGCCCAAGGCGGCGCUGAGGAUCCUCAGCAACGUGACCUUCCUGUUCGUCAGCCUGUCCUACACGGCCGAGUGCGCCAUCGUCACCGCCUUCAUCACCUUCAUCCCCAAGUUCAUCGAGUCCCAGUUCGGCAUCCCCGCCUCCAACGCCAGCAUCUACACGGGCGUGAUCAUCGUGCCCAGCGCCGGCGUGGGCAUCGUGCUGGGCGGCUACAUCAUCAAGAAACUGAAGCUGGGCGCCCGCGAGUCGGCCAAGCUGGCCAUGAUCUGCAGCGGCGUGUCGCUGCUCUGCUUCUCCACGCUCUUCAUCGUGGGCUGCGAGAGCAUCAACCUCGGGGGCAUCAACAUCCCCUACACCGCCGGGCCGACGUUGACGCUGACGCAGAAGAAUCUGACGGGAAGCUGCAACGUCAACUGCGGCUGCCGCAUCCACGAGUACGCCCCCGUCUGCGGCUCGGACGGCAUCACCUACUUCAACCCGUGCCUGGCCGGGUGCAGCGCCGUCGCCAACGACAGCGGCGGGACGAGGAACUACACGGACUGCGGCUGCGUGCAGAGCCGGCAGGUCAUCACGCCGCCGGCGGGCGUCGGCCCCGUCAACCGCCUGCGGCUGGUCAUCGUCAAGACCUACCUGAACGAGAACGGAUUCGCCGCCUCGGGGAAGUGCGAGCGUGCGUGCAACACGCUCAUCCCCUUCCUGGUCUUCCUCUUCAUCGUCACGCUCAUCACCGCCUGCGCGCAGCCGUCCGCCAUCAUCGUCACGCUCAGGUCCGUGGACGAACCGGAGAGGCCUUUCGCCCUCGGCAUGCAGUUCGUCCUCCUCAGAACUCUCGCGUACAUCCCGACGCCCAUCUACUUCGGCGCGGUGAUCGACACCACGUGCAUGCUGUGGCAGCAGGACUGCGGCGUGCCCGGCUCGUGCUGGGAGUACGACGUCACCGCCUUCCGCUUCGUCUACUUCGGCCUGGCCGCCAGCCUCAAGUUCGUGGGCUUCGUCUUCAUCUUCCUCACGUGGUACUCCAUCAAGCACAAGGAGGAGCGGGUGGAGCGUUGGCGGCCGCGCCGGGCCCCGCCCCGGCCGGCCCCGCCGCCGCCGGGCGCCGCCGCCCCGUCGGACCGCGCCGGGGGCCGCAAGAGCCACGCGCGCACGCGUUCCUGCCCCGUCUUCAUCCCGCCGGCGCGGCCCGAGGCCCUGCUGCUGUGCCACGGCGGCCUCAAAGCAAUAACGCCCGGCGGCUCGGCCCGCGCCUGAGGCCUGACUGACGCGUCGCCGUCACGGUGCUCACCCUAAAGCACAAAGUGUGUUCUAUGCAAGAUCCCGACUCCGAGAACACCCAAAGAUGUGACCACGGAACCCGCCGGAAAAGAAUCCGUCGUUAACGAUUGGAUCGUGUACGGAACGCAGUUCGGAGGCUGGCUAAUUCAAAUAACUUGUGAGAUUUUCCCCGACGGCCUUACCGGGAUCGAUACGGUCAAAUAAAAGUCCUCGCUGGAUCUCAUUUGUCUUGUACUGCCCUCUUGCCCCGCAGUUUCAAGGUUCUGGGUUCAAAGCCCUUCGCCGUUAGCUUCUCAGGUUAGCUAGCUAGUAAAAAAUGAGAAAAGCGCGUCAACAAACCCGCUCAAACCUCAGCCCCGAAAACCUGCAAAAAUACAUCACGAUGGCAUUAAUAUAUUGUACAUAAGCGUCGUGGUAAAUAUUUACUGGUAAGUGAGCAAAAAACAUAUAAUAAGUGUUUCACUACAAAAUGGUUGAUUGAUUAAAAUUGCAGCAAAUUUUCAUUCGGAGUCAUUUUGAUUUCACUUUGGCGCGAUCAUCCUGUAAAUAUGGACGAUAAUUAUCAUGACGUGCGAAUAGUGUUAGCAGUAGAGCGUAGGUCAAGCGUAUUUAUAAGCUAACGUUUCAAGACAAAAACUACGACAUCGCGCAGCGCCUGAACGGAUUUAUCGUCAAGUUGGGCCGACGGGACUACUUUACCCAGAAUGCACUUCUCUCCUUUUGUUUGGUUACACAUUUGGAACGCGGAACACAGAGAAAGCGGACCUUAUGAUAACGAUGAAAAAUUGUUAUUGGUGUUCCUCAGGAGCAGAAAAGUGUCCUGUCCUCAUCUCUUUCCAAAUGACUUGAAUACAUCUGUGAUAUUUGUCAAUAAAAAUUUCAACUACA